GGCGCGACUACGGCCGAUCAGUGCGUGACUCGUCGUUGUUGCGACGUUUGGUGAGGACGAGAGCGCAGUUUGUCGUUCCGUCAGUGCUCCCCAAAGUUGGCUUUGGGAAGUAUGAUCGCGACGGGUUGGUUGUGACUCGUAUAUGAAAAAGAAAGAAGCGAGAAUAGAUCCACGACGGUCAUCGGUGAGAAAGAGAAAGAAAGAUUAUCCUUGGCUUCGUUACACCACCUAGAUACGCGGACGCGAAGAUCGUCGUCGUUCCCACCCGGCGAGCCUCUCAGCCUCUCUCAGCGUCUAUCGUCCCACGGAUAUACUGGAAUAAAGUGUGUCAACGGCAAAGUGUGUAAAAAGUGAAAACCUCCGCGUGCGAUAUUAAAAUCUCGCGUUUCGUACGUAUAAAUACCGGUCGAAAUAAAUGAUAUAAUUCGUCCGCGUACGGAGUGCACAGUGGUAAACGAGUUGAAUUUAGCCGCGGUUUCGCACCACACUCGGCGUUCGCGCGCUUCUUCGUUGUUCGUUCGCUCGUUCGCUCGUUCGCUCGUUCGCCCGGCGACGGCUCGCAUUAAUCGAGAGCGCACCCCGGUACACGCGGUUCGUGGCUAUGCAGCAGCCCCGCGGUAUCGCGGCGAGACGCAGGUAACGCCGACGGGAAGACGCGACGACACCGAGCGGAGCGCGCGUGGAUUGCCGCUCUCACAUCCGCGCUUCCGCCGUCACCCGGGAAGCGCCGGCGGCGUGUAAACACCGAGGGAUACGCGACGCGUCAACAUGUGGACCACGAUGCUCGUGUGGACGGCCGCCGUCGUUCUCCUGCCGACGCCUCGAGCGGUGAACGCCUCCGGGGUGUUUGAGCUGAGGCUAAAGUCCUUCGUGAACGAGUUCGGCAAGGACAAUCUGGGCAAGUGCUGUUCCGGCAGCGCGUCCAAGACAGGCGAGUGCUCGGGGGUCUGUAAGACGAGGUUUCGGGUAUGCCUGAAGCAGUACCAGGUGAAGAUCGACACGACGUCGCCGUGCACGUAUGGCGACGUUGUAACGCCCAUUCUCGGCGAGAACAGAAUUAAUCUCAGCACGAACGUCGCUUUGCCGAGCUUCACCAACCCCAUCAGGUUCCCGUUCGAGUUCACAUGGCCGGGUACAUUCUCGUUGAUAGUGGAGGCUUACCACGAUGAGGACAACAGCACGCAUCAAUCGGCCGAGAAAGUAUUGAUCAUGCGGUUGACAACCCAGAAGUGGCUGGACGUUGAUCCGGAUUGGACCGUGGACGACUUCGCGAGUGCACACUCGCGAAUAGAGUACGAAUAUAGGGUGACUUGCUCGCCGCACUAUUACGGCAAGGGUUGCGAGGACCUAUGCCGGCCUAGAGAUGACAACUUCGGCCACUACAGUUGCAGCCCAAGCGGCGAGCGCGUCUGCCUCACUGGUUGGAAGGGCGACUAUUGCAACACCCCCCGCUGCCUGCCCGGAUGCGACGAGCAGCACGGACACUGCAAUCGACCCAACGAAUGCAUAUGCCACAGCGGCUGGAAGGGCCCACUGUGUAAUCAGUGCGUUCGAUAUCCAGGCUGCCACCACGGUAGCUGCCAAAAGCCCUGGCAGUGCGCGUGCGACGAGGGAUGGGGCGGGCUAUUCUGCAACCAGGAUCUCAACUAUUGCACAAAUCAUAAGCCGUGCAUGAACGGCGGCACCUGCUUCAACACCGGCCAGGGCUCUUACACCUGCUCGUGCCCGUCAGGCUUCACCGGCACCGAAUGCCAGACGCCGCUCUUCGACUGUCACUCGAAACCCUGCCUGAACGGUGGUACCUGCACGAUGACCGAGUCGCCGUCCGUGAGCUACGUGAGCGGCAACGGCACGGAGUUAUCGUCGUCCUCCAGGCAGCAGCAUCGUCGAAGCUAUCGCUGCACCUGUCCACCCGGUUGGCGUGGCCGACACUGCGAGAUUACGACGCGAUCCUGCCGGGACUCGCCCUGCCGACACGGCGCCACCUGCGAGGACGACUCUCUCCGCGGUUACGUGUGCCAUUGCCCAUCCGGUUACACUGGCACCGAUUGCGAAUCGCAGGUCGACGAGUGCUCGCCAAAUCCCUGCGCGAACAACGGCACCUGCAUGAACCACGUUAACAGUUACCGAUGCACGUGCCUCGCUGGCUUCACCGGCGAGCGCUGCGAGAUCAACGUGGAUGACUGUGAGGGCGAUCCGUGUCUGAACGGCGGCACCUGCAAGGAUCAGGUGAACAGCUUCCGCUGUCAAUGUAUACCAGGUUUCGUCGGCAGAAUCUGCCAGAACAAGGUAGACUAUUGUGUGGCAAAACCGUGCGCGAACGGAGGCACAUGCAUUUCUGGGACCAAUGACUAUAAUUGUACGUGCAAGCCUGGUUUCACCGGUAAGGACUGUAGCGUGGAUGUAGACGAAUGCUGGAGCGCACCGUGCCAGAAUGGCGGCAUAUGCCGGAACCGUGUCAACGGCUUCUUGUGCGAGUGCCCGGACGAUUGGCACGGUGACACCUGCAGCGAAAAAGCCGGUGCGGUACCUCCGAUCACAUCAUCGUCCACGCCCGUGAUAUCGAAUGUGCCGCUGGCAGAACCGUUCCCAGGCAACGGCCAUUCGAAGCACGUCGCCUCUAGGAAAACUAGCUUGACUACGGAACACCUGGUGAUGAUCGCGACUCUUUCCACCGCAGUACCGGCUUUCGCGUUAUUCGCUACAGUCGCAGUGAUGUGCAUGAAGAGACGACAAAAGCGAGAGCAGGCGAAGGCCGAUGAGGAAGCGAGGCUACAGAACGAGAGGAACGCGGUGCACAGCAGCAUGAGCAAGCGUAGCGCCAGUACCAUCGGCGUCGGCGGCACUGGUAUUGGCAGUGUCGGCGGUCUCCUUGGCAGCGGUAGCGGCUUAAUCGGCGCGGGCGGCGGCAGCGUUUGUGCUCUGGGCACCGGUGACGCGCACAUGAUUAAGAAUACCUGGACUGCGAGUAAAAGUGUGAACAAUGUGGCAUCGGCAGCGUCGCGGCAGGACGAUCUGGAUUCGUCCUUCCAAACUGAUGUAACGCUGGACAGUUCGUGUUCGGGUUAUAAACCAGAACCAGUGCUGCAAGAUGGUCGGACUACGAGAACGACGAAACAGCUCAACACAGAGGCGGCAGCCCAUCGGGCGUCUGCGCACCUCUUCCAGAAGGAGAAGGACUGUCUCGGCCUAGGUCUUGGUAUCGGGAUCUUGGAGAGUGCCAAAAGAUCAUCCGUAUUUGCCACUACUGGCAAUGUGGCGGACAGUUGUUGCGCCGCGGAAGCUGCACUGAUGAAGAGGCCGACGACGAUAUCGGAAGCUAAUAGCACCGGUGUCGUCAGUAGUAAUAGUAAUGGUCCACCGGGAAGCGGCAGUGCCGCGGACAACAGCAAUUGCGGUGUGUACGUGAUAGACGAUCACUACGUCAGGCACGACGCCACGCUGGCGGCGACGCUCGCGACGGAAGUGUAGUAGACUUCGGACUCCCAUUUAGAGUGAUAGAGAGAGAGAGAGAGAGAGUGCGUGAGAAAAAAAAAAGAGAAAUAGAACCAGUGCGUGUGCGUAUGCGAAUUGUGGAUCUUGUUUUCUCCGUGCGCGUAAAUUGACAGACUACCCCGUUCGAUUUCCUUCGAUUUUUCUCGAACAACGCCAUCGCGAUAUCCUUCAGACCGCGACGCCUCGUCUCGGAUGCCUGCAGGUGUUUAUUUCUUUUUUCUUCCUUUUUUUUUUAAGUUUUUAUUACAUCUUUUUUUGCUAAAGCACUUGUGCAUCCGCGAUUGGCCGCCACUAGUCGCUGGUAGGACUCCGCGAUUGAAACAUCAUUUCGAGGAGAAAUACAUACUGCAUCCGCACCGCCGGCCAGUUUGACCAGCCACGAGGGUAUGUCGUUCCGAUUCUACUGAAACGAGAGCGACGACGGACUGAUCGAAGACGUUCGAUCGGGGUUGAUCGAGAUGCGACAGAAACAAGAAAAAUUAACGCGAUGCUGUGGGGGUCGGCGGUCGGUCAGGCAGCCGUCGACCCAUCCUUAGGUAUUAAUAUUAUAUCGUGCUCGAAAGUGAACUUUGUA